AUGUCCUUUGCGCGGGAUGUUCGGAACACCACUCCGGUGCGCAAGGGUCACAAUGUAAAGCCUGCUGCGGCCGCAGAGCGGCCAGAGCAAUCCAUUGGCCGCCUUUUGGAUAUCGUCACGGACCACGGUCUGCAGCUGAAGUCCCUGCGGCAGGAGCAUGAGGCACUCCAGCAAGAAACCAAGGCCUUGCGUUCUGCGCUGUCCUCUGCUGGGCUAUGGCAUCAAGACAAAGGCGUUGAGCGCGAGCUCCAUUCGAGUCCAGCAGUCUCCAAUCCCUCGGCCGAUGAUGUCCUGGCAAAACUGGCCCAAAGCGGUGUUGCUCAGGGCAAGAGACCGGUCUCUGGAGGAUACCCGGUCCGCAGUACAGCCAAGGCGGAGCCCGCCGGCUCCAGCAGCGUCUGCAGCACAUCCGCUGGUAGCGAGUCGGGAAGCAGCUUCACGUCCAGCAUCAGACGAUCCAGCAGCAGCGGUAGCGUGGGUGCUGUGCGCAAGACGAAGAGCUGUCCCAAGGCACGGCCCAAGGAUGUCCCCAAAGCCGAUGCCGAGUCGUCCGCGUGCACAUGGGGAGAGGAGCGGGAGCGGCGCCAGCGCGAGCGUGGUGUCGUCGCUCCGAGUCCCAGCACCGCUCGGCAGAGGUCUCAGUCCGCGUCUUCCCCGGCCGUCACACCGCGUGGGGCGAGCGGAGCGACAGGGUCGACUCGGCGCGCCUCCAGUGGAUCGCCUUUGAGGUGUUCGCGGCCUCGAGGGCCGCCUCCGAGCUUGUACCAGGCAGCAGAGCCCUUGCUGUCAUCCGCGACGAAGGAGAAGCGGGCACUGGCUCUUGGAGCCAUCUCAAGGGCUCUUAAGGAUGGAGCUCCACCAGACAAGUGGGAUGGGCCGGAGACUCCUUUAAGGGCUGCAGUGCAGGCCCGGAGUGCGGAGAUGGCACGGCUCCUGGUUGAGGCGAGGGCGAACCCGAAUGAGACGGAUGCCAAAGGUGUUUGUGUCCUCCACACGGCCGCCUUCGAUGGCCUGGCUGACUUGUGCAGAACACUUCUGCAAGCUCGUGCAGAUGCAAAUGCAGCUGACCAACAUGGCCAAACCGCACUUUUCUUCUCGCCAUUGAGCUCGGUGUGUGACGUCCUGCUUGAGCACAAGGCCAAUGUCAAUGCCCUGAAUCAGAAAGGGCAGUCAGCCUUGCAUCUCGCCAGCCGGGCAGGCCUCACCGAGGUCCUCGUAUGGAUGGCGCCCCGGGUCAGCCGCGAUGUCGUUGACAUGCGAGACACGCACGGUGCCACUGCUGCCUACUACGCCAGACAUGCGGGAAUCCCCAGCGACUUCCUGGUCAAGCAUCGGCUUCUUGUGCUUGAGAGCACCCCAGCGUCUUCAGUUGAACGGACGCGUCGUCGGGCAUCCCGAGAGAGCGAACUGCAGGAGACAGGAAGAGGUCGUGCACGCCAGAACUGGUCGGGACCGUCGCGAGCUCCACUUCCGACGUUACUGGAGGACCAGCAAGGCUCGGAGGAGGAAGCUGCAUCGGCAAGUUCCAAGGAGGAACUGCCCUGCUCAACCAUGGUCACUCCGGUUGAUACGGGAAUGGCAGGUGACGAGGCGACCAUGGACUUGACAAAGGACCUGCAGGUGCAGGAUCAUCUUGAGAGCGAGGAGCAUGGUCAUGCGGCCGAGCAUGGUCAUGCGGAGGAUCACGGCGACUGUCUGGAACGGACGAUGAAGGCUGAACUCCAUCCAGAAGAGGUGCGACAGGAGCACGAGGAGACGAGCUCUCUGUUCGAGGAGACCGGUCACGAGAAGGCUGAAAAAGUUGCGGAAUUCGAGGUGCGACUUUCAUCCGAAGACCGUUGUUCGGAGGCAUCGCUUUUGGCAUUGCCUGAGGCGGCAGGGGCACGGGUGCCGUUAGACUUAGAGGUGCAAGGGUGCGAGGAGAGUCGGAGUUCGCCACCCGCUGGAAGUUGUCAAAUGCAGGCUUGUGGUGACGAGGGCGGUGAUGGUUCAGAACAUUCGCCUUCCUAUUCUGCCUCGGAGAGAGAUCGUGCCGACAAAAUGGUAACGUGGGAAGAGGAUUUCGGGCAGCCAGGUUCUGCCCUGUCCCAGACGGCACCCAACUGCGAGACGCACGAUCCUGCGGACGAUCCUGCAGGCACAGGUAAUGUGCCACGCUUCGAGCCAGCGGCAGAGGCAGCAGGAGAUGAGGCUGCAGCGAGCAGUGUCGCUUCGGACACAUCCGAAUCCUUGAUGGAUGCCAGCUCGCCAUGCAAACCCAGAGAUGGACGGAGCAACAGACGAGAGCGCCGAGUUUCGAUGAAUCAGGCCUUCUUGUGGCAAUUUGCAGAGCCGGAGCGCUGA